UUUAUCAUGGUUCGAUGGUUCAUCACUUUUGAUAACAAACAGGAGAAAACGCAAGAAAGUUAAAAUUGAAUACCUUUUAGCUCGUCUGUACACAAAAGUAAUAUUUUUAUAGAGACAGUGUUCGUGUAUAAAUCUCGGACUGGGCAAUUGCAAUAGAAAUUUUACUGGUCAUUAUUACUUUUAUAACUUCACACGUUAUGUACGCUUUUAAUGAUACAUGUCACACUAAUGCACCAAUUAAAAGGUAAAAGAAGAUUCACGUAGAUAAAAAAAAUGGCAUGAAUCAUAUUCAAUUAUUGGUCAUGGUCAUUAUUGGUUCUAAAAUCAUUCAAUUUUGCAACUUCAUAAGCGACAGUCACUCAAAAUGUUUUGUGCAGAAAUCGUUUUUAUAUUUUUAUUAAUAAAAGAGGGUCAAUCUAGAGUAAAUCCGCACGGACCAACUGUAGUGAAUGAUCUCACAAGUUGUGUCACCAAUGUCGUGCAAGCUGAUUUCAAGAACCCAGGGCUUUUGAUUGUCGCAAACACAAACGACGGAAGUAUUAUUUCAAAACUCAUAGCACCGCUACUGACGUUUCUUCACAAGGAUAUAAAAUACUCUAUAAAAAUAUCUAGUCCUGAAGAUGAAAAAGCAAUAUGUGGCAGUGAUAAAAACGAAGGAAUUGGCGUGCUGCAUAGGGAUCACUUUGAACCAAUUCCUGAAGCAGACUACUUCAUAAUUAUCACUGACGAUUAUAAAGAUUUCACUCGCUUAGCAAGCAAGAUUAUUCGUUCGAGAAACUGGAACUCUCGGGCCAAAUUCCUAAUAUUGUUCUUAAAUUUUGCAAAUACUCAAGCUAAUAUUAGUUAUGUGGAAAGAAUGUUCACCUGUUUAUAUAACUUCAAUGUCUUGGAUAUUGUUGUUAUUGUGCCCCAUGAAAAUAACAUUAGAAGUGCAUUGAUCUAUGGAUGGCAACCAUAUGAACCUCCAAAAUACUGCGGAUAUUUCAACGAGACCGCCAAAAAUAGAUCAUUUCUCAUGAACUCGUGUGACAAAGGGCAGCUGAAAAAUAAGAAAAGUCUUUUUCCCAAUCAAAUACCGGCAAAUAUGAAAGACUGUACACUUGAAAUAAUUGCUAUUGAACGAGAACCUUUUGUGAGCGUCAAAAAGGACGAAUUCAGUAUGGAAGUAUUUUUGGUGAACGAGAUAUUUAAAACAUUUAAUUUUACAACUGAAUAUCAAAUCAUACGAUCGUUCAGAGGGGAGAGAUAUGGCGGAGAGUGGGACGGUGCUUUAAAAUUGUUGUCCGCUAAAAAGGGGCACCUUUUAUUAGGUGGAAUAUUUCCGGAUUUCGAUGUUCAUGAAGAUUUUGAAGCCAGCACUUUUUAUCUAUCUGAUUCUUACACUUGGGUAGUUCCACGAGCGUAUGCGUCACCGCGCUGGGUAGCUCUAUUUAUAAUAUUUAAGAAAUUAGUUUGGCUUUGUGUCUGUAUGACUUUCUUUAUGUGUGUUUUUGUCUGGAUUGUAUUGGGUUGUUUGAGCCGCGAUUCAUCAUACAAUAGAUAUAUCGGCCAUUGUUUCCUUAAUUCUUGGGCCUGUACUUUAGGAUUUUGUCCAUACGCUCGGCCAAAGAAGGAAAGUUUGAGAAUUUUUUACGUGUUUUUCAAUUUAUAUUGUAUACUUAAUUUGACUGCUUACCAAACUAAAUUGAUUGACGUGUUGAGAAAUCCGACUUUUGAAUAUCAGAUCAAAACAGUAGAAGAACUCGUCUCUAGUGGUCUUAGUUUCGGAGGUACUGAGGAUUUGAGGGAUUUAUUUGUUAACUCUAGUGAUCCAUUCGAUAAUUUGAUUGGUGAGCAGUGGGUUAAUGUAGAAGAUAUAUCCGGAGCCUUAAUAGACGUUACUGUUUAUAGAAAUUUUUCGCUUUUAUGUAGCCAGCUCGAGCUUACUCAUAUGUCAGCUAUGAUGCCAGAACUAAGCGAUAGUUUUGGCACAUUCAGAUAUUACAGGUUUGAUCAGACUAUGUUUACAGUUCCGAUGGAGAUGAUAGCUCUGAAAGGAUUCCCUUUCAUGAAAUCUAUUUCCGAAAGGUUGAGUGCAUUAAGACAAAGUGGGAUAAACGCAGCAGUGAGACGAUUUUUCAGAUGUUUUAACGCGAGAAGGAGGUCCAAAUUGUUGCGAUCUUUAUCGAGUCAAAGAAGUAUUGAUUCACUAUCCAUUGAGCAUUUGCAAGGUGGAUUUUUAGCACUGGCUUUAGGAUAUGUGAGUGGUACCUUUAUUUUAUUUAUGGAAAUAAUUUUUAGCAGUAAAUUUGUAAAUGAUCUAAUAACAAAGUGGCGUAGCAAAAUUUAAAAGAUAGUAUAAUUGUGUUUUUUUAUACAAUAUCUUUUCUUCAAUUAUUUAAGUAUUUUACACAAUGGGCAUUUAUAUGGUAAUCAUGAGGUGUACAGCUAUAUAACAUAAUUAUAGAUACUUGAGUGUGAUCAUCUCAAUUAAGUAGAUGAAUUGUUAGUAUACAAUGUAGCUGAAACGUAGACUUUAGUACUUAAUAUUUGAUCUAAACAUAUUUUAUGUCUCACGCCUCAUUAAGUCUCGCAUUCAGUUCCUGCUUCAUUAGUUUAAUUGCAAACAUGUAUUAUUAUUUAUGUUAAUGAACAUCAAAUAAACUA